AGAGCCCACCCAUUUGUAUGAAAAAGCCCAUUUAUCAGAGCGAGGUUUUAGGGUUCUUGCUCCUUCCCUCUGUUUUUGUUUGGCUUCGCAGGAUUUCCGUUCUUCACCGGUCCUUUUCCAGGGGUUUUUCAUUAUGAGUUUUGUAAUUUGAAAAAGGGCAAUUCCACUCAUCGGAGAAGAAACACCCUUCUUCAGCUGCAAAGAGCAUAUGGCGACUGAACUAGAAGAAUUGAUACAGUUUCUCUCUUCGCCCUCACCUCAAUUGAGGAAAGGGGCAAUAGAUAUUGUUCAAGGUUUAACUGGGUCUGAGGAUGGGCUGCAGUCUCUUGCCAAGUAUCCAUCCAUUCUGCUACCAUCAUUAGCUCGACUCUUGAGAGAACAAAAGGAUGUUGCAGAACCUGCAGCUGAAGCUCUUGUUAAUCUUUCACAAAAUUCUGAUCUAGCUGCAAAGAUGAUAGAAUUGGGACUGAUUGGAGCAGUUAUGGAUCUUUUGUAUAAUGUGGACUCCAGCAUUAGACAUUUGCUAGUAAUGCUUCUGGUUAAUUUAACACAGUUGGAUGCUGGUAUUGCUUCGUUACUGCAGACUGGAGAUGACAAGAUGCAAGGUCUCUAUGUUAUGAAGAUUGUCAGAUCAUUUUGUCGUUCGGAAAGCGAAUCCAGUGAUGAUCCCUUUGAGCAUGUGGCUUCCAUACUUGUAAACAUAUCAAAGAAGGAAGCUGGAAGGAAGCUUUUACUUGAUCCGAAGCGGGGACUUUUGAAGCAGAUAAUUAGGCAGUAUGAUUCAACUAGUCAACUUCGGAAGAAUGGAGUAUUUGGAACUCUCAGAAAUUGUUGCUUUGAAGCAGAAGGCCAGUUACAAAAUUUACUCUUGAUAGCGGAGUUCCUUUGGCCAGCUUUACUUCUCCCUGUUGCUGGGAACAAGGUUUACAAGGAGGAGGAUACAUCAAAAAUGCCACUUGAGCUUGGUACUGCGCUUUCAAUUGAGCGCGAGCAAAUCGAUGACCCUGAAAUUCGAGUUCAAGCGUUGGAGGCUAUAUACAUGAUCAUAUUACAGGAUGCUGGCCGUAGAGCAUUCUGGUCUAUCAACGGACCAAGAAUACUGCAAGUGGGGUAUGAAGACGAGCAAAACCCAAAAGUAAUGGAAGCAUAUGAGAGAGUUGGCUCCCUGCUGAUCCAUAGCGGUGGCGACGAGGAAUCACGCGACUAAGGAGACAUUCGCAGAUCAUACAGCUAUGUGGUAGUUGUACAAAGGAGAGGCUGUGGUUUAGUUUUUAAGAUUAACUUUGAGUCAAUGUUACAUUAUAUGUUUGUUUUCCGAGUUGCUGAUGCUUAUUUUUUUGGUCAAGAGUAGAAUAAUCUUUUACAUCUCUUAACAUUAUUCAUGAAGCAUCCUGUUCGAAAGAACAAUUUCUCUA